AUGCUCGAGAUUGUGACCUUACAAUUUGGCCAUUUUUCUAACUAUGUUGGUGCGCACUUUUGGAACACUCAAGAGGAAUAUUUUUCAUUUGAUACUGGUCAACAUGCUCAAGAAACUGCUGUUCUCCAUGAUAUUCUCUUUCGUGCAGGCAUUACUCAAAGUGGAAUCGAAACUUAUACUCCACGGUUGAUGGUUUAUGAUUUAAAAGGAGGAUUUGGUUCUAUUAAAAAGAUGAACAGACUUUAUGAUGAGACUUCAGAUUAUCAAGACGCUGACCAGAAAGAGUGUAAUUGGGAUUGGAAGUCUGAAACUUAUGCACAGGCUCCAUAUCCGAAGAAUGAAUAUUUACAAAGUUUGGAAGAAGAGGAAGAAAGGGGACAUACAGAUAAUAUGGAAAUUGAUUCGGCAGAAAAAAUUUUCUAUUUGGAUGAGACAGUGAAUACGUGGUCUGAUUUCAACAAAAUUUACUAUCAUCCAAAGAGCAUCAAUACCAUUUCCAAUUAUCAACUUGGUGAUGAGACUAUUCCUUUUGAUGUUUUUUCUUAUGGAAAGAAUGCAUAUCUUAAUCAGCAAAAGGAGGAAGAUUCGUUUGAAGAAAAUCUCAGGUUUUUUACGGAAGAAUGUGAUGCAAUACAGGGAUUUCAAGUAAUGACAAAUGUCAUUGACGGGUUUGGGGGAUUCUCGUGUAGUUUCAUUGAACGAUUGCGCGAAGAAUAUCCAAAGACAUCUAUUAUUAGUUUUGGUAUCACUGAUGGUCAGGAAUUGUCUCCAAUAGGACAUAAGAGAUAUUUUAAGCAGAUCAUGAAUUCUUCUCUCAGUACCAUCUUUUUGUCAGAAUUAUCGUCUUUGUUCAUUCCUUUGAACGUUAAUGCAAAUCUUUUGAGAAGCAGCUCAACCAAAUAUAUUCAGCCGACUAUAAAUUUACCAUAUCAUUCGAGUUGUAUUUUAUCUGCUGCAAUUGAAACUUCCACAUUUCCUUUUAGAUCACGUCGUAAUACUUUACACAUGCAUGAUUUGGUUACUCGACUCAACUGGCGCGGAAACACAAAAAUAGGAACUCUAGGCUUCGCAUUUCCACUACCGAUGAGCGUAUAUGGUGACGUAGAUGUUCAAACGUUAUUGCCCGAUGAUGAUCGUAGUGUUAUAAAUGAUCUUUCAUUCUCUUCAAAGCCCUGUCUAUCAACAAUUUAUGGACAGUCUGUGGUAGCAAGAGGGAUCCCUGAUGAAUUUCGUGCAGUUUCAAAGGUCGAACCAAAAAAAAAAUCGUCUAAUGUUAUUUCUGAUAUAUUCGGACGUUUCCAGUCUUUAGGGAGUUAUAAUAAUUCUUUUUUUGCAACUAACGUCUUCUAUCCUAUUCCAAAUUCUUUCCCUAAUAUAUUCAAACGUUUGAAUACUAAUGGGUACAUUGAUGAGUCGGCAAAGUUUAUAGACAUUCAUCCAAUUCAUUCUGCGCCAACAUUAUCUCAUCUCACCAUAUCCACUAGAGUUCACAAGCUUCUUCAAAAUUAUAAAACAGAUCUUCAGAAGAUCAAUUUCAACCUUUUUCCAGAAUUUAAUGAUGGUAGUGAAGGUUUAUCUCAUGAUGAGUUCUUAGAAGCAAGGGAGUCGCUAUGCAAUCUUUGUGAAGUUUAUGAAGGCG